AUGGCUAGCAAUACCCCGAAUCAACGUUCGCAUCCAACUCUCAUACAGACAACUGGGACUCCGAUUCGCUAUGGAACGCCGGUCGGGCAAGGGACACACUUAAUAGGGACACCAAUCCCCAGACAGAAUUUACAAGUCCAGGGUGGGGAUCCCGACACACCGAGAAGAAGUUCGUUUUCAGGCCGAAUGAGGGCGGCGUCUCUCAGUGUCCGGGAUGCAAUUGGAUCAUAUCAACACUCCCAGACUCAGCUUUAUGGUACUUUUUUGGGCUCCCCCUCGAACGUCAGCCAUAUGCGAAGAAGAUUGGAAGAUGAAGAGGCCAAUGUAUCGGAGGAUGGGGAUCUCACUGGCGAGGAGGAGUGGUCAGAUGAAGAACGGGAAGGUGAUGACUAUGACGUCGAUGAAGAACAAGAACAGGACGACGAAUCCCAUGACUUGGACGCUCAACGCCUAAUCAUUCGACCCGGACCGAUGCUCAACGAGUAUGGAACUAGUCCACGUUCCAUAUUACGCGAGCCUGGGUCUGUUGCGUCCAGUCCAGAUGAACGGCGGCUAUUACUCGCCACCAAGGUACCAACAUAUUCGGACAACGCGAGCGAUUCUAGGGGACGGCCCCUUGGACAAACAUUUACCAGUAAUUCAUCCCCUCGUACCCGCCGGCUCUCGAUAGUUAGUCGCCGGAAGAGCAUCUCCAGACCACCCCGGGGAUCUUCCAGUUAUGGACAAACUCUCUUCAACGCGAUCGCCAUCUUGCUUGGUGUCGGGAUGCUUUCGGAGCCACUGGCAUUCGCAUAUGCCGGAUGGGUUGGAGGUUUCAUCUUGAUUACGUUCUAUGGAUUUUUGACUUGCUACACUGCGAAAAUACUCGCACGAAUCAUUUUGUCCGACGGACGGUUGCGCACGUACGCUGACAUUGGUCAAAAGGCAUUCGGGCCAAGGAGCAAUGCCUUUACCAGCUUACUUUUCUGUUUGGAGCUUUUCUCUCUUAGGCGAGUACGCAUUUAUGUUGUGCUUGUAGUCUUAUUUAGCGAUAGUAUGCACGCAGUCGCACCACAAUUCUCCUCCCAUGAAUACAAAGUGCUAGGCCUUAUCAUGUAUGUCCAAGACAUCUGUCUGAUUUUGACUAUCGAUCUCACGAUCGCCGCGUCUACUCCUCACAUGCAUACUCAAGCUCCUGGAAGUCUGUGGGAAGCAGCGCCAACAGACUUGGCUCCCAACUGGGCCGCGCUUCCGGUGUCCUUUGGGCUUUUUAUGGCUGGCUUCGCUGGUCACGCUGUCAUACCUUCGUUAGCACGGGACAUGGCAGAGCCAGAACACUUUGACAGCAUGAUUAACUGGGCGUUCUUCGUCGCUACCCUUGUGUAUGGUAUUGUUGGUGCCGGCGGAUAUGUUAUGUUUGGGAGGGACGUAAGCGAUGAAGUUAGCGUCGACUUAAUGAAGAUACCCGAAUAUAAUCAAACUCUUAACAAGGUAGCUGUGUGGAUGUUGGUUAUCAGCCCAUUGACUAAAUUUGCCUUGUGCACUCGCCCUGUAAGAUCAACCCCGAUUUUUGUAAAUAUCACCAUCGAAAUUAUGCUCGGAAUCGAACAAUCUCAUGCCCCGGCUCAUUCACCCGAACGACCUCCCUCUCCAUCACAAAAACAGCAAGCACAUAUCGACAUGGUUCCUUCUCACCAAGCUCGCGAAAAGCGAAACAAUAUCCUGCGUGCUAUCGAGCGCACCGGUCUUGCUCUAGCCGUGGUUGCGGUUGCGAUUCUGUUCCCAGAAUUCGGAGUCGUCAUGGCCUUCCUUGGCGCAUUCAGCGCGUUUAUGUUGUGUGUCAUUGGCCCUAUAUGCGCCAAAUCUGCAUUGAACCGAAAGGUCGAAGUUCUCGACGCAUUUUUACUGGUUGUUGCAGUCGGAAUGGCUGGUGCUGGAACUUGGGUCGCGUUUGCAACAGGAAAGGGUGCAUAG